AGCUGAUAACGACUAAUCUCUGCGCAACGGAUCAAUUUUCUGAUAAAUAUUUCGAGGAAAAACACUUUUCAUUACCAUAAAUUGACGUAUGCGUAAAACUUAAUAAGGUGUUGGGUGUACCAAAUCGUGACAUCGCAUCAUCCUCUGAUAAAGAUUACACCACUACCAGGAAGAGGUAAUACGUGAACAAGUAAAGUAAUAGUAAAGUAUAGUACGGAAAUGUUGAGAAAAUAACAUAAAAAGAUAGCAAAAGAUGUUACUACUAUAUGCCAUUUUUCUUGGCUUGUUUUGCUGUCCAACUUCUAUCAAAGCUACUCUGACAAUAUCCGAAAAUGCAAAACCAGGUGAAGUUAUUUUUAACCACACAAAAGAGGGAGGAGAAUGCAAAAUAAUGGAACCAUCCAUGAAGAAGAUAUAUUUCGUCUUCAAUGACACACGUCUAUUAAUCAACGAAACGCCGGAUUUAGAAGAAGAUGAGGCUUUGUGUAAUGGGAAAACAAUUGUUUUAAAAUAUAAUUGUUCAGAUAAACAAACUGGUAAAGUUCCGACAUACUCUUUACCACUCACUAUUGAGCCUAUCGACGAGUUCCCUCCGAAAUUUGACCUUCCGAAAUUUUAUUCGUUCUUGAAGGAGGAAGAACCUAUCGGAACUAAAGUGAAGUAUGCAAAUGGUACAGAUAUAGAUUUUAAGAAUCAUGUGCAUGAUGAAGAUUGUGACGAUGAUCGAUUGAAUCUUGAAUUACACGGAAGUCAAAUGGGAAUAUUCAGACUGAGCGGUAGCAGUAUAGUAACAAAUAGAGUCAUUGAUUAUGAGACAGACGAUAAUAUGUACAAUUUAACACUAAAUGCUGAAAAUGAUCCUGACGAUCCAACACAGGCGAACUCUAGUUAUGUCAAUGUUGAACUAACAGUCAUACCACAUGAACUUGCCCACGACCAAGACUUGGGAAUAAACCAGACCCUCAAUUACACUCUCCUUGAUAAAAAAGAAUUCAUAAGUAUUAAUGAUGUCACUGGGGCUAUUUCUCUUAGCAAACAAUUGGACAGAGAGCAUGAAGCCAGUUAUUCUUUUCAAAUCAAGGCCUUUCAGACUAAUUCUGAACAGAGAUUUGCUUUAACGAAAAUGGAUCUGAUAGUUGACGAUAUUAAUGAUAAUCACGCCGUCUUCAAUAGGACAUUCAUCCAAGUUGCUAUUCAGGAAAACCUUGCAACAGGAAGUUUUAUUAAGGUCGUCCAGGCCGUUGAUGCAGAUGUGGGAAUUAAUAGUAAAUUUAGGUAUGUCAUAAGUGAAGGUGCUCUAACCGUGGAUCCUGCAACUGGAAUCGUAUCAGUGGUCAACUCUUCAGCGUUGGAUCGUGAAACAGAUGACAGAUUGACAUUUCAGAUUUCAACCAUUCCUGAAAACGAAGUUGUCUCCGACGGGCCUUGUCCCAACUGUAAUGUUACCUUGAACGUUACAUUGAUUGAUGUGAACGACAACAAUCCUAUAUUUAAUGAUUCACCUUAUCUAUUUACUGUGGAAGAUAACGUUCCUGGUGAACAUGUGGGAAAGGUAUCCGCUGAAGAUGCCGAUAAAGACGAAAACGCAUUGGUCAGGUACUCAAUUGAAAGUCAAACAUCUGAUUUCAGCAUUAAUAGUAUAACAGGGGAAAUAACUCUUCAACGUCAAACCACACUCCCUACUUCUAUCUUAGUAGAGGCUUGUGACAACCCAAUUAUCAUAUCUCUCAGGCGAUGUAGUAUUGUGCAAGUAAAUAUCCAAUCAAAAGAUAACUCUUCCGUAACAGGACAUGAUAUAGUUAUAGAUGUAUUUGAAAAUUUACCAGUAAACAGUUCUGUUGCAGAAGUGUCGUUUUAUUCCAACCGAUUCAAAUAUGAUCUGCAGACUAAUGAUGAUUUCAUGUUAAUUAAAAACAUUAUCAAAACGAAAGUUAAAUUAGAUCGUGAGAAUAUACAAUGCUAUAGCCUCCAGCUUAAUGUAUUAAACGGUUCUCAGACACAGAACAGUUAUUUUGUGAACAUAACAGUCAAAGAUGUCAAUGAUAAUGCCCCUGAAUUUGUUCAAAGCAAUUAUUUGUUUUCCUUGACUGAUGAUAUGAAAUCUGGUUCAUUUAUUGGCAAAGUUGAGGCCACAGACAAAGAUGAAGGCGUAAACGCCAAUGUAACGUAUUAUUUAGAAGGACAAAAUUCAAAAUAUUUUUCUAUCGGAACGACUGAUGGUGGAAUAUCUUUGUCAACGAUGCCUGAUAUUGGCUUAACCCAACAAUUCCUGUCACUGAUAGUACGUGCUGCCGAUAGUGGACAACCCAGCCUUCAGAAUCUAACUGUUGUACAGAUACAUGUUGGCCUCGGUAAUGGAACCAUCCGAAUACCAGUUGGAACAGAAAAAAACACAAUUGUUGACGAUAAGGGCAAGUAUGAAAAAGCGUUGACAGAUAUUCUUGGAGUAGAUACUGAGAUAACAAGCGCCUCUUCUUCUGGUGCGGGAGGAUCGGUUAUUUAUAUAUCUGCUUCGAAUGGAACAGAUGAAAUACCUUUGAACGAUCUAAGCAGACGGGUUUAUUCUAAGUGGGACGCCAUACAAGAAUUAUUUAAGAGAGAGCAACAAUCUGUCCCACCAACAGCUGAUAAUGGAAUGAGCUCUGAAGCUAUCGCAUUAAUAGCAGUUGCUUGUGUCCUUUUCGUUGGUUCUAUUCUUCUUACGGCUGUUACAUACUAUAAAUUUAAAAGGUAUCAACGACUGCAGCGUUUAGUUCAUAAUUUAAGUCGUAAGAAUUCCAUCUAUGAAACGCAAGAGACAUCUAUAGCCAUUGAAGAAGAAGAAGUAUCAGAUUAUUAUUCGACAUCAACACAAAAUUUGAUAAAAGACGAUAAAACCUCUGCAAAUGUACCAAAUGGACAAGUAUCCGGUUUUGUUAACCCUGGUUAUGUCGCUGAUGAACAUUUAUCUACGGAGCGGCAAAACAGCUCCCAAAAUACAGAACUAGAAUUAGAUAAUGACCUGGAUCAACCAACCGCAUCAUCAGAAACACCAGAUAAUAUUUUAGAGCACAAAGUUGAAAAAGACUACAAUGAACCUCAUGUGGAUGAUGCUAACAAUGGAGACACAGAAAAUCCACUUAAUGAAGAUUUAUUAAAUAAUGACGAAAGCAUUAAUGAUCCAGUAAACGACGACAUAGUGAAACAUGAAGAAAUAACGAACGUAACAAAUGAGGAUAGAUCACUAGUGGAUACAGAUAAAUCUGAAGGCUUUUUUGUUCCAGCCCCACCACCAUUACCAGACAUUUUGCCAUCCUUAUCAAAAUCGUCAUCAUCUUCCGAGUUGAUGAAUACUACUCAUAAACCACCUGCAGAUGCUCUGAAAACUCCUAAUUACGAAAAUGUUCUUUUUGAGCUCUCUGCAGCUGUAAAGAAGAGAUCGGCUGGUGAAGAAGAUGUUGAAGAUGAACCAGAAAUUGACCCUGAAUUCAAAGGUGUACCGAACGUUCACAACGAAAAUCUGCCAACCAGCCUCGAGGUUAUAGACCUAGAUGAAGCUGGUCCUGAGGAUCUUAACACGAGUUCAAAUCUGAGCGACCUGGACGAGCCAGAACCCGACUACGCCAAGCGUGUUCGUUUUAAUGAGGAUGGCGUCAAAGACGAAACAACUCCUCCAAAGAUCGAGAAAUCAGAAGAUUCUGAUGACGACCAACCUCAUUUGGGACAUGACCUGAGGAAUUCCGAAGAAAUAAAAUCACCCGAAGAUUCUGUAAAUGGAGAAUCAGGAACAUUUGUGUUCGGACAAGUAGAGAUAACUGAGUUAUAGAUUUAAAAAUCGAACAAAUGUCGAACCGAUCGUUUGAUUGCUGUUAGCUUCAGAAAUUAUUUAAUGAAGCUGUUCAUACUUUUUACUAUUUAUUAAUCAACGUUUAUUACAGUGUUAUCUAUAUUUAUAAUGUUAAAAUUAGAUAAAUGCAAGAAUGUAAUCUCCGCCAGCAAUUGGUUAUAUGAUCAGUAAAAUAGACUUAUGGGAUGAAGUUACAUUAAGAGCAUCUUUAUGAAUAUUCAAUGUAACUUAGCCAGAGGCGGAGCCAGGUUUACGUCCGAGGGGGUGGGUCGAAACAUCUGAGGUUGCCCUAAUUUCCAACCUAGGUAUGAGAUUUUUGCCCGAAAAACUUGCUUUCGGGGCUGCGAGGAGUGUGGGGGGCCCCUCUGCCCCCCUUUGGCUCCGCCACAGAAUAUAGUAUGCUUUUCAUAUAUAUUUCUUUCAUCUUAAAUGCAUUAUUAUCUUAUAUUCAUUCCAUGGGCUGAAUCUUAGACAGGACCAUGUCACUUUGGUGUGGUGGACGUAAUUCUGACCCAUGUAAAAUAAAGAGUUUAUUAUUUUUUGUAUGUUAUUGUUAACGUGUUGUUUAACAGUCUAGAAUUGACUAUUAUCAUUCAAGGAUGAAACCCAUGAAAUAUAAAUAAGUAUCGAAUCAUAUGUAGCGUUACGAUUGAGCCUAUCGAGAUUCAGAAAAUAUUAAAUGCAACUUAUGACUCCUGGUUCUUCGAAAUGUUUUGCUGUAGAACUCUACCGAAGCAACAGUUUUAGCCGAACUUACUAUAUUAUGUUACAAAAUGAUAUUUUGGGCUGGUGAUGGUUCCCGUUCUUUCAAAUGUCUAAUGAAACAGAAUUCAUUUAUAUGACCAAAUGUGAUUAACAGAAGUUGAUAAACCGAAUGUAAAGUAUUCUUUGUAAUAUUUUAAAAUUAUAAUUUGCUUCUUAUAAAGACUUUUUUGUAUACGU